CGGCCAGGGCCUCACCGCCCCCCCUGUCCCCCCCCGGUGUCCCCCCCCGGUGUCCCCCCCCCGCAGAUCGCGGCGAAGCUGGAGCCGCUGAGCGAGGAGGAGCGGGGCCGCGCCGAGCUGGGCGGCUGCCCGCGGGCGCCGUCGGGGUGCACCAUCUUCCUGGGCUUCACCUCCAACCUCAUCAGCUCCGGCGUCCGCGAGACCAUCCGCUACCUGGUGCAGCACGGCAUGGUGGACGUGCUGGUGACGACAGCCGGGGGGGUGGAGGAGGACCUCAUCAAGUGCCUGGCGCCCACCUACAUCGGGGACUUCAGCCUGCGGGGCCGGGACCUGCGCCAGAACGGCAUCAACAGGAUCGGGAACCUGCUGGUGCCCAACGACAACUACUGCAAGUUCGAGGACUGGCUGAUGCCCAUCCUGGAGCAGAUGGUGGACGAGCAGGAGACGCAGGGCGUGAGGUGGACGCCGUCGCGGAUGAUUGCGCGGCUGGGCAAGGAGAUCAACAACCCCGAGUCGGUGUGCUACUGGGCACAGAAGAACAAGAUCCCGGUGCUGAGCCCGGCGCUGACGGACGGCUCGCUGGGGGACAUGAUCUUCUUCCACUCCUACAAGCGCCCGGGGCUGGUGCUGGACAUCGUGGAGGAUCUGCGGCUCAUCAACACGCAGGCCAUCUUCGCCAGGAAGACCGGGAUGAUCAUCCUGGGCGGGGGGCUGGUGAAGCACCACAUC